AUGGAAGAGUACAAGCAGGAUUCAUCAAACAAAACAAAAGGGGAUGCAAAAUUCUCAAAAUUUGUUACUUCUCUAAGUUUUAUGAAAAAAAAUAUAAAUGAUAAGGAAGAGGGCGUUAAGAAAAAAAUAAAAUAUGCAAAUGAUGAUCAUGUAUGGAUGCUGAAGGAGUAUGAGGAAGAGGCAAAUGCCUUUUUAAAAAAACAGUUAGAGCAAAAAAAUAAAAAUAAUGUUUCUUUAAAUUGUUUGGGAAGAAAAUCAUACAAUAAUUAUAACACUUAUGUGAAUUUGUACAAUCUAGAAAUUAAAAAGUUUAUUAAUUCAGUCAAGAAAAACAAGCCUAUCAACUCAUUGAGGGAAUGA